AUGUCAGCUCCCGCUUUCCGCAGCAUUGCCCUUUUGGGUGCCACUGGCAACCUGGGCUCCAAGAUCCUUGCCGCUUUGAAUAACACUGGCUAUAGUGUCACGGCCAUCCAGAGAGCCGAGUCAAAGAAUGUCGCAGACGGCGCAGCGAAGAGUAUCAAAGUUGACUUGACCAGCAAAUCUGGUCUCAUUGAAGCCUUCAAAGGCCAAGAUGUUGUCGUAUCCGCCACCCCAAACCCCGUCCUCGCAACGGAGAAAAUAUGGAUGGACGCUGCAGUAUCCGCAGGAGUAAAACACAUUGUCCUCUCAGAAUACAGCACCAACAUGGACAACGAAAAGUCCAAAGCUCUACCAAUCAUCUACGACAAACUACAGACGCGCAAGUACGCCGAGGAACUCGAAUCAUCUGGCAAGAUUGGAUGGUCCAGUGUCAACAAUGGACCAUUUUUUGUUCCGUUUAUCUGGACGGCCGGUUGGAUGGGCGCGAACGUUCAAAAAGAAACCGCUCUGUUCCAUGACGGUGGCGACAAAAUCGUUUGCACUAGCACGUUAGAGCGAAUUGGUGAGACGGUGGCUAAGAUCCUGGCACCAGAGCACGCCGCAGAUACCAAGAACAAGCCAAUAUACACAUACUCGGCUGCAGUCAGUGAGCGCAAGAUCACCGAUAUUAUUUCGAAGAUCACGGGAAUUGAUUUCCCUGUGACCAAUGCUAGCGUUGAGGAUAUAACGAAGGAGACCUUUGCUGCAGUCGCAAGGGGAGAUAACUCGAGGAACAUGGGGUUCUAUAUUCCGUUCUGCUGGGGUGAUGGGUAUGGAGGAGAUUUUAGGGGCCAGGCGUGGAAUGAGAAGCUGGGGUUGAAGGAGAUGAGCGAUGCGGAGAUCGAGGAUUUGUUUAGGGGCUUUUUGAGCGACAACGCGACUAAGUGA